AUGGCCGCCAUGUUGCUGCCGUCUGAAAGAUGUUCACAUCUGUGUGUGUUUACUAAUGAAUUUUAAGAACUUUCAUAGUAUAAUUAUCGUGUUUGUGAAAUUGUGAGUGUAAAAUGUUUUCUCUAGAUUAUAUAUUUGUGGUUUAGAAAUCUAUCAAAUGUCUGUGAGGCCAAUAAACAGUGAAAUUUUCAUUAGGUAGUCAUUCGAGUCGGGACGGCAUAAUGGCUGACAAUCUGAUACAAAAGUCACAUAAAACUAGCGAAAAAAACAAGUAUAACAACGUUGUUCAUCGUACUACGAGUGAAUCUCUACGGCUUAACGAGUCAGAAAAGGGAGUGACUCACCCGACGAGUCUUCAAUCCGCCCAUAACCCAAGGAAAAUAUCUUCCUUUCAGAUAACCAGUGUCACUGUUGGGUCUCGGGUGAGCACUGAUGCAGGCGAGGACUCCGCUGACGAUCUGGAUGAAUCUCACACCGAUGACAUCUCAAGGGUAACCGACAUAGAGAAUGAGACACCCAGUUACUCUGAGGACACCUUCUCGAAAGACGAUGUGUUUUACAACGCCUCGAGUACAUCGCUAGGUUGUGCGCCCGUGAUCCCGACCAGUUCUCAGUACGGUCUCGCGAUCGUCGGCCAGGAAAACAGUUCCAACCAGGUGGGGGCCAACACCAACAACACGGAAGCGAAUGAUAUGCACGUCAGCGUCACGAACGCCGGCUCGGGCAGCAUUAUUAAUCUUAUCGGUAAUGCGAAACCACAAGAAGGUAUGAAGGAGAUACAGGAGCAUGUGCGGAAUGAGAGAUUUAAAGUGGUCAAGAUAGAGAGCACGGAACCUUUUCGUCGCGGCCGUUGGAUGUGUAUGGACUAUUUGGAUCAUACUACCACUCAACAGAACCCUCCGAUCAGUUUGAACAACAACUUGGACGUGACCGAGAAUAACCUCCAAGCUCCGGACAGUGGUUGUGUUAUAAAUGACAAUCAGUAUGAUGAUAUGUGUAACGAUAAAGGGCCUAAAGAUCAACAGAGUGUUCAAGUGCAACAAAUUGAGCAAAAUGUCCAGAAGCAAUUUCCUAUGGCGUCUCCUGGGCAGUCACUCACCCAGCCGAUCAAUAUAGUACAACAACAGAUGCCGGUAAACCAAGCCGUGUCAGUACAAUCACCUCCGCUAGAAAUCCCUCAACAGAUGCAGGGACAAAAUCUACAGACGACCCAGCAGGUUGGUCAACAACAUCCCCAGAGUAUGACCCAUAUUACUAUGCAGAACACUGCUCAGAACCAUCCUCAGCCGACCCAGCAGCAGCAAGUUCAACAGAUCCCACAGAGCUUCCCUCAGCACCAGCUGCAACAAGUCAUUGCACAGUCCCAGGGUAUUGCGAUGCAGCAGAUUCCCAUGCACCAGCAGAUGCCACAACAAAUGCAACAAAUUCCCAAUCAGCAAAUGCAGCAAAUCGGUCAACAUUUGCCGCAAGCGCAGAUCACUAACAUGCAAAUACAACAACCACUGCAGCAAAUGCAGGGUAUGCCGAACCAGGGCCAGCUGACUCAGGUGGCGGGGCAGCAACCACAGAUGCAGCAGCUCCAGAUGCAACAAAUGCAGAGCCAGCCCAACCCCCAGAUACAACAACAACAAAACUAUCAGAUGCAACAGGCCCAGAUACCCAAUAUGGGUCAAGGCCAUCAUCUGCAGCAGCAGCAGCCGAUGGGACCGCAGCAGGCUCAGCUUCAACAUUUGUCUAGUCAGGCCCAAAUGCAGGCUCUACAGAAUCAGCAAAUACCAAAUCAUAUGCAGCAAAUGCAAAUACCCACUCAGAUACCUAACCAGCAAAUGACGCAGAUGCAGACUCAGAUGCAUCAACUACCAUCGCAGGCGCAGCAGUCCGUUGUGACGGGGAUGCACCCACAAAUGCAACAACAGGGCAUGGCCGUGCCUCAGCCGCAGUACAACCAAGCUGUGAAUCAACAAGCCAAUCAAUCCAUGAUCGGAGCUAGUAUUUCAUCUUCUCAGCAACCAAUGGUACAAACUCAACAUAAUGUGCCUCAGUACCACACGCAACAGUCUCAGAUCCCUCAGCAUCAGCAGGGCCAGACUCUACCACAGGAGGUGCUGUCUAGUAUUGUUACAUCCCAGCAGGGUGCAACACUUCCAUCCAACUUGCAGCCGAUGGUAUCUCAACCCCAGGGCACAACUCUGCCGACUAAUCUUCAGAGUUUACCUGGACAGCAGCAGGCUCCGGUCCAUACGAUGGCUGCUCAACAGGGUAAUGUUCCUCAAGGGAAUAUACAGAUCAUGACCCAACAGAAUAUGCAGAUGGCUCUAGACGGGAAUCAGCCCAGCAUGCAGAUACCCGGCUCAGAUCCUAUAUACAUGCAGCAAGCCAAUGUUGGUCAACAGUUGCCAGCGCACAUGGCCCAACCCCAGAACAUGUUACAAACUCAAGUCAGCGGCCAAGGGCAGAUGGGUGGCGUACAAUAUGUUCCUAAUCAGUCGGUGCCACAGGUGACGAUGGCUCACCAGAAUAUACCAAUGUCAAUGCAGCAGGCCAUGCCCGUUGGAAUGGGCAGCGGAGUCCACGCUAAUGUAGUCCAAUCCCAAACUAACAUGGGAUUAACCUAUGGUGGUGUUGUUCCGGUGAUGUCGCAGGGUAGUGUCGCUUCAGUUGAAGCUGCUGUGUCCGGAACUAAUUCUCCUGUAGUGUCUAUGCCGGUCAGUUCUACGGCAUAUGUGACUAACACGGCUCAGCCGGGCCUUGACAGUCAGGGUUUCGGUAGCCCAGUGAGUGCUGUAGUGUCCCAUGCGAUCAGUGGUGCAGUGAAUGUGAAUUGUGAUAGUGCUCCAGAAGCUGCUUCAGACGGAAUGCAGGCUGGCGAUACAGCGGACGGCAAGGAGGAUUCACAGCCUACCUCGCAGCCCGAGGAUGAAAGCAUCAGCGGCUUGGCGUUGGCGCUGGGCGGUAGCGGCAGCGGUACACCGUCGACGGCUGAGGCGAGGGAUUCCACGGAAACCUCCCGCGCGCCCUCCCCGCCUCCCGACAGGCAGCAUACCAGUGCGUCAGGCACGAGCGCCGUGGCCAUCGACAACAAGAUCGAGCAAGCAAUGGAUCUGGUUAAGAGCCACUUGAUGUUCGCGGUGCGGGAGGAGGUGGAAGUGCUGAAGGAGCGCAUCGCCGAACUGAUGGAGAGGAUUAACCAGCUCGAGGUGGAGAACAGCUACCUGCGCGCGCACGCCACGCAGGACACGCUCGCGCAGCUCCCGGCUGCCGGGGCCAAGCCCCCGCCGCAGCCGCAGGGCCCGCAGCCGCCCGUGUCAUAGGGCGAAGCCCCCCGCCCUGACCUCACCUGCAGGCUCCGGCCUUCCCCCUCGGCGCGCCCUCCACGCGGGACAGGAGUUGUUAUGGCUGUGCUAUGUUAAUACGUAGGUUAAUGGCGCCGAGGGACGGACGCGGCGUUGGACCGUCGCGUCGCGCGGCAAAGCGCCCGGCGCGCCCCGAGCGCACCGCCCAGAUAUAUAUCUACUAUCACGCUUUGAACAUAUACAAGUAUAUUUUUCUGUUAUAUAUCUGUAUAGAGUGCAGAAUGUCUAGCCACGCUUUCGCUACACUCGCGAGUCCUAGGGUCUAGUUUAGUUCACCGCAUCGCAUACCCGUAACCCGCGUCACAUAUUCCACGUGAGAUGUAAUUUAAGUCGUGUGUUUGUAAUUAAUGUAAUAUGAAAUAGAUGAAAUAUCUCUACGCGUAGAACGAUGACUGCUAAUUUAUUUUCUAUUUUUUAUAUGUACGUAAUUUAAGUUAUUUCGGACGAGUUUUAUCGUGUUCUCGGAGUGUUUCGUUCCUCGCGGACCGAAAGCAAGAUCUGUGGAUAGUUCCGUGUAUAAUUCUCCUUAGUUGUAACAUAUUAUUAUAGACGUAACAGAUUUAAUAUAAUCGUUCGGAGCGCGGUCGCGAGGGUGUAGUCUCGCUGGCUUUAGUGAAUUCGCACGCUGAAACUGUAAUUAAAGAAGCUAUUUUUAUUCCAACCCUAUGAUGUAUCGAUAAAGUUUAUAGCAAUUUAACAUUGUAUUUUUUUAAUUGUUUAAAUUGUUUGUAUAUAGUACAAGUAGUAGAGCGGAAUGUAAAUAGAGGAUGAGAUGGUUCAUGGAGUGAGUCUAUAGAGGGUUACGAUGAGUUGCUGUACACUAGCUUCUUACUUUACCGAACAAAGUGAAUGGGACCGUUUGGAAGCGAUCGUUGCAUUUGAAGAGAUUAUUGUGGAUAGAGAGAUAGAGAGAGUGAAGGCAGCGGAUGUGACUAUUUUCCUAGUUGUUAGUAUUUUGUACGCUGUAACGUAUCUGUAUAAAUAUCCUCCAAUUAUAGUUUAUUCUGAAGUGUAAAUAUAAUGUAAACAGAAUGUCCAUUAUAGCUUAUGUUGACCAGAUUGUUCCUCGUACCCAAUAAAUGCAAAAUUACUCUA